GCAGCUGGUGGGAGCAUGAACAGCUCACAGAUGGGAGCUGCGGCCCAGGCUGCCUGGCUGAGCUGCUGUAACCAGUCUGGGUUGCCAGUCCAGCCGCCGCAGGGACCACGACUGGUGCAGGCGGUCGUCCUGGGCGUGCUGUCACUUCUGGUGAUCUGCGGGAUCCUGUUCCUGGGCGGUGGACUCCUCCUCCGAGCACAGGGCCUGAUAGCACCACCAACUCGGGAAAGGCACGCAUCUCCCGAGACAGAGCCCGGUGCCUGUGGAGGGGAUGACUCCUAGGUGUCAGCCUGUCUUGAGAGGCUCAGCCCCUUCUGUGCCCUCCAGAGCCCAUUUCUGUGGAGCACAGUGGAAGGUCCAUCCCACAAACUCCUGUCUCCUGCAUAGAUGCUGGAGCCAGCUGUGACUCUCAGAGAGCUCUCCCUCCACCUGCCAGCGCACCAGGGAACCCACCUGCCACCCACCCUCACCCCAGUUGUGAUGCAGAUGAUGGACUGAAGAUACCUGGACUGUGGUGACUCUGCACUCUGGGACCCUAGCACUCAGUGCUGCCUCUGAGCUGUUCCCUGACACCCGGGGUUGGUCCAGGAGACCCAGGCUCCAGGAACACUGAGUCUACAGUGACUGCUCUCUGCUCUGGGCACUGAAUGACUUUUCCCCCCAACCACUUGGACGCUAGAGUGUCCUCUGCCCACCAGGCCCCUGUGGACAUGAGUGAAGCGCCUGUCCUGCCUGAUGCUCGACAGUAGUGUCCUACAUCCCAGCAACCUGUUGUAACCUGCUGCCGCUGAGAACCAUAGGUUAGACCCUCCCAUUGGGAGAGAGCAUCAGCCACCCAGCAAUAUGCCAUCACUUUCCAUGGCUUGCUAUUAAACAGGCCAGCAAUAUAGUUCUGAGUGUGUGGUCUGUUUCCAGCCCUUGGCCUUGGGAUUCCUAGUUUGUCUCCUUGCUCCCCUUCCAUUUUCCUGCUUCUAGCAGACUGUUUGUUUAUUUCUUAUGUAUUUAGUUAUCGAGAUAGGAUUUUACUUCAAUAGCCCCAGCUGACCUGAAACCUACUGUGUGCUCUAGGAUGAACUUGAACUCGCAGUAAUCCUUCUACCUCAGCCUCUCAGGGAUUACAGAUGGCGCCACACAGCUGGUUUAGAACCAAGAGUUUGUGAGGGUGGGUGUGACGUGGGGUGGAGGUGACUCUAGUGCCCAAAUGUGGUCGCACCCUGACCUCUUGGUCAGUGUGAUCAAGAGUUUGGCUUUAUUCAACCUCCGACAAGAGCUGGGGAGGGGCACCUCUUCUAUGUGGCUCCCAUAGGCUCACAUGCUUGCUCCCCAGUUGAUAGAACUCUUUGAGAAGGAUUGGUAGGUGUGGCCUUGCUGGAGGAGGUGUGGCCUUAUGGAGGAGGUGUGUGACUGGGGGUGGACUUUGAGGUUUCAGAAGACUUUAAUUAUUCCCAGUUAGCACUAUCUCUGCCUGGUCCUUGUGCCUCAGGAUGAAAGCUCUCAGCCGCUGCUCCAGCGCAUGCCCACUGUGUGCAAUGAAAGCUCUCAGCCGCUGCUCCAGCACCAUGCCUGCUUGUGUGUGAUGAAUGCUCUCAGCCACUGCUCCAGUGCAUGCCCACUGUGUGCGUUGAAAGCUCUCAGCUAUGGCUCCAGCGCAUGCCUGCUGUGUGCUGCCAUACCCUCCGUUCUCAUGGCCAUGGAUUCAUCCUCUGAAGCUGUAAACCCCAAUAAAUGCUUUUUUUAAGUAGUUGUUUUGGUCAUAGUGUCUAAUUAUAGAAAUGGGGGCACACUUCCCACUCCCUUAUCUUCAGGAAAAUAGGAGAUGA